AUGCCCACAAUACUCUACCGGUUUCUGCCACAGGAACCCGAAGCGGCAGUUCCGUCUGCCUUGGCUUUUGUUCAACCUUGCCGGCACACCUGGAGAAAAGCUAAGGAGGUCUUGGCCCGGGCUAGUAGACGGACCAAAGCCGCGGCCGAUCGCCACCGGUCUCCUGCCCCUAACUAUGUUUGUGGUCAAAGACUAUGGCUUUCUACCAAGGACUUGCCUCUCAGGGUAGUCUCACGCAAGUUGGCUCCCAAGUUCAUCGGUCCAUACCGGAUCACAAAGGCAGGGUCCUGGUUUUUUUUCUUCAUUAAUGUGCGCUGCGCUGCGGUUUCCCGUCCCGAGGCCGGCCUGCUCUUGCCCUUCUUCGUGGCCGUGCAGUUCAGCGGGCUUCGGCCCUAUCGCCCCCUCCUGCCCACCGAAGGAACUACAGCUACGUUUUCAGUAGCAGUUGCUUCAAUGACAUCAAUGGAAAUUAACACUUCUUAUCCUGUUAUAUUUACCUUGUCUGGGAUUAGGGAUCUAUGGCCAAAACACCUUUUCAUUUUAAUUUUUCUCUUAAUUUAUCUCUUAAUCAUUCUUUUAAAUCUUACAUUGAUCAUAACAAUUAUGAUAGAAAAAACACUACAUGAGCCCAUGUAUCUUUUUCUGUGUAAUCUGUGUUUUAAUGGACUCUAUGGUACAGCAGGGUUUUAUCCCAAAUUAAUUUAUGAUCUGUUUUCACCCAUACAGGUAAUGCCAUUUGUUGGAUGUAUUGCACAAGCAUAUGUAAUAUAUACAUCUUUCAUGUGUGAAUAUACAACAUUGGCUGUAAUGGCUUAUGACAGAUAUAUUGCAAUAUGUCGACCUUUAGAGUAUCACAAUGUCAUAAUAACUCAGAAAGUGGCAAAAGCUAUUGUUUAUUCUUGGGUAUUUCCUCUUUUUAUUUCAGUGCCUUACUCUGUCAUUCUUAAUCAACUGCCAAUGUGUGGGUCAGAGAUAAACAGAGUUUACUGUUAUGCCUGGGCAAUGGUCAGGUUGGCAUGUGUCCCAUCUACAACUCUUAAUAUAUAUGGGUCUUUUGUAAUAUGCAUAUUUGGAUUGCAUGCCGCUUUAGUAAUUGUUUCAUAUCAGCGACUUAUUGUUGCUUGCAGGCAAUCAAAUGAGAGCAGAAAAAGGUUCAUGCAGACAUGUGUGCCACAUUUGGUAUCACUGAUCAACUUUUUUAUAACUUUGCUUCUUGACAUAUUGUUCACUCGCUAUGGGUCAGAUGACGUUCCAGUAGCUGUGCGUUAUUUUUUACAAUUUGAAGUUCUUAUUGUUCCACCUCUCCUCAAUCCACUUAUGUAUGGCCUUAAACUUUCAGAGGUACGAAAGAGGAUUUUUCAAAUGCACAAAAGAUAA